CACCUGGAAGCAGCCGCGAGCCUCCACCCGUUACCGUACUCGGGAGUUCCCGCCCGCAAGCGGCGCUGCACAUCAGUGCUCAGCCGCCGCCAGCUGGCCAUUUAAUCGCGCAUGCGCGUGGCUUUCUCUUCCCCCCCCCCUCCGGCCCAGCACCGCGCAGGCGCAGCAGCCCCGCUCUGCCCCGCCAGCCCGCCAACAAAGCGGCACUGCCUGCUCCUAAAAUGGCGGCGCAGGCGGCCCCACGAGGGCCCCGCUACCUCCUUAUCGCCAGGACCCAGCUCCGGUGCUGCAGAUUAGAGCCUUUUUCUCAGAACGUACCCGAGCCUGCGCCUGCCCCUGCUCCGAGCAGCUGCCAAGAUGCUAUGGCAGGGCCGUGCACACGCAUCUCUGCAUGCCCAGCACUGCACAAACGCAGCCUGCGGUCUCUCAAGAAACCUCACAGCUGCCACUAUCCUAUCCGCCACAACAGCCCAGUUCACACUCACACUCUGCAUUUUACGAAUCUUUUGCAGCAGCCGGAAAGUCUACACUUGUCAGGCUGCUGGAGAAGCACAGCGAUGAGUGGGAGGUGAUCCCCGAGCCCAUCGCCAAGUGGUGCAACAUCCAGACCAGCGAGGAUGAGUGCGAGGAACUUUCAACUUCUCAGAAGAGUGGAGGAAACCUACUUCAAAUGCUGUACGAUAAACCUACAAGAUGGGCUUAUACUUUUCAGACUUAUGCCUGCUUGAGCCGAGUAAGGGCACAACUGAAACCCAUCUCAGCCAAGCUGCAUGAAGCAGAACAUCCAGUGCAAUUUUUUGAGAGAUCUGUGUACAGUGACAGGUAUGUGUUUGCUUCUAACCUGUUUGAAUCUGGAAACAUCAAUGAAACAGAGUGGGCUAUCUAUCAGGACUGGCACACAUGGCUUUUAAAUCAGUUUCAGUCUGAAAUAGAACUGGAUGGGAUGAUCUACCUAAGGACCACACCUCAGAAAUGCAUGGAAAGGCUACAGAAGAGGGGAAGAAAAGAGGAGGAAGGAAUUGACCUCGAGUACUUGGAAAACCUCCACUAUAAACAUGAGACGUGGCUGUAUGAAAGAAAUAUGAGAGUUGAUUUUGAGAACCUUAAGGAGAUUCCUAUUCUUGUUUUGGAUGUUAAUGAAGAUUUUAAAAAUGAUAAAAUUAAACAGGAGUACCUGAUUGAUGAGGUAAGUAUUACAUGUUUUCUCCUGCAGUAACAAUUGGAAGUUAUUGAAUUUUAUGACUGUUAAUGUAUUACCUUAAAAACUCAAAAUACAGAAUUAUGUAGUAGUAAUCUGGGGCUUCUACAAUUGGCCCUCUUCAUCACACGGAUGAGGAAGAUGCAUUUAAUUUUCCUCUACAAAACCAUUUAAUCCCUUACUUGAAGCAGUUCAAGGGAGAAAUGACUAUUUUUUAAAGAGGGGCAGUUGUGGAGGCCAGUCAGACUGACUGCUCCCUGCCAAGUCUGCACUGCCACACCAUUCAUUAAAUAGUUGACACAGCGGUAGCGUGCAAUUCAUGCCAUCCAUGAUGCCUUUAGAAACUCCUAGUCAGAUCAGAGCUACUUGUGCUCCUUCAAAUAUCAAGGGUGUCCACGGACAGCACAACAUAUCUGAGAAACAAAGAUGUAUGCAGGUCUGUGUGCACGAUGUGACACUUUAAAUAGCAACACAGAAAUCCAACAGCCAUCAGAAGAAACACUGAGUUCACCAGACAAAAUGGUGUCUGCUAGUUCUGGGGAAAGACAAGAUCAGGGAAUAAAUGCCCCAAAGCACUCUGCUGUAGCUAACUACUGUGUACCAGUCCACAGCAAAAGAAAUCCCAGGAACUACUUUUCUGUCCUGUUCUGGUCAUCAAUGCUAAAGAUGAAUGUUUGAAUCUAAAAUCUAAAUCUAUGCUUGGGUGCAUAAUGUUCACUCAACGUAACAUGGUGGUGUUUGCUAUGAAUUUGCAUCUUCCACUAUGGAAAACACAGAAGAGCUUGGCUCGAUUUUCAGACAAUCCCCUUUUUCCUAAGGAAGAGCUACUUAGUGAAGGCAUAUCCAUUUUUCUUUAAUGGAACAAUAUACUGUAAAGCUACCUUCCCUAUCUUUCUAAUGAAUUAUUUAAGUUACUCAAGUCUACCCAGUACUAAUUAUAGUAAAAGGCAUUUCAGAUCACGAAUUAUAUGUAGAUGAGUUGUAUGUAGAGGCAAAACAGCACUGGAGACCAGCAUACAGAAGGAGUACAGUAACACCUCCUUUGUUCCUUCAGAAAAGGGGGAAGCUUCUGGUGUUCUGCCAUUUCUUUUUAAAACAUGUUAAACAUACGCUUUUGUUUCCACAGAUCAAAUCUUUCCUGACUUCUUAAGAAUUAAGGCAUACAUGAAAUGCUUGGAACUCAAGAGUUAAACCGAACAGUCACGUGGUCUUCAACAGUCUAGCUAAACUAGAUGUACUGUCAGUGUAACUUAUAAACCUCAGAAAAGUAGUUUUGUUUGUUUGAACUGUGUUUUUUUAGAUAGACUUUACUGUGUAUUUUAAAGAAAAAUACAGAGUGCCUUGAUAAUGUAUUUCAUUUUGUGUAUAUUCUCUACUCUUUAAUAAACAUUUUUAAAAUAA